AUGGCCACCACUGUUGGCGACGAUGGAUAUAUCCACUACGGCGGUGCAUCUUCAAGAGCAGGAGAUAUCCAGCCGAGCGCUCCAUCUAAUGGCUCCUCACCCGCCACGCUCAAUGGCUCAGGAGAACCGAAGACGCCGACCCAUUCACGAUCGGGCUCGACUGCCAGUGGCUCAAACGCGCCACUGACUGCCUCUAGCCGACGCAUGAAUGGCGCCGCUACGCCGAGCAAGAACAUGAGCAAUGGAGGCAGCUUGCGCUCAUCAGUUUCUGGCACGCCUGCUUCCAGUCGGUUCACUGAUCGGUCUAGCGAUUUGGAUAAUGCCUACAGGGCUGGCAUGCCAAUCGGUCUGCUUGCUGCAAUGGGCACGCCAUACGCAAAGAAACCUCUGUAUCGAAGCACGAAGUGCAAAGUGCUGUGUCUUGCCAUCCUACCGAUCACCAUAGUCGUGGUUGUUAUCAUCACCGUCUUUCCGGUCUUGCAAGCCAUUGCUAAGCAUGCUCUCCACACUUCGGUGCUGCAUGUCUAUACAUCAAAUCUGACUGUGCUCGCCAACAAUUCGUUCGCCCUCACAUUGGAUGGCGAGGCAACCAAGACAGGCAUCUUUCCGGCGCAUAUCUUCUUCCAUCGGCCUGUCGAGGUGUACUGGGUCAAUCCCGACAAUAUGGAAGAGCUCAUGCUGGGAACUUUUCCGCUCGAAUACUUGGGCGCUGCAGCCGGUCACGGCCGGAUUCACCAAGAGACAUUCUUCACUAUCACAGAUGUCGCCGGCUUUGGCAGAUUUGCUGAAUUCCUAAUCACGCAAGAGGCUUUCACAUGGCGCUUGCGAUCUGGAAACGUUCAAGCAAAGGCAUUCUCAUUCCUAGCCACUCGCGAUCUCGAGUUUGUCAAGGAUCUGACAUUGCCGGGCAUGGCCAAUUUCACGAAUGUGGCUAUUGCAGACUUUCAGCUACCUGGCGAUGAUCCGGCGGGCGGCAUCACACUCGACGUCGUUACGACGCUGACAAACCCCAGCGCCUUUGGUGUCGAAGUUGGCACAUUAGUCGUCGAUCUUUAUUAUCAGGACCUCUAUCUAGGGCCAGCACGGACGAGUCAAUUUGUCAAUUUGACUUCGGGUGUCAAUAGCUUUCCAUUGACAGGACGCCUGCUCUCGUACGCUGGUAACGACACAGCGCUCGCACAGCUCGGCGUACUCUUCACAAACUAUGUCAAUGGUGACGCCACGCCUGUCGUCGCCGUGGGCAGAAGCGUCACUCUACCAAACGGAGAAGUUAUCGGCUGGCUUGCCCAAGGUAUUCGAGCUUUACAGCUGCAAGUUCCGCUCAAAUCGCCCACUGGCCCGUUGAAUCCUAUCAAGAGCAUUCAAAUUCAAGUGUUCAGUCUUCUUUUCGGCGAUCCAACAAUGUCGUAUCAGCCAACAGCGUCCUCAAACAACCUCAAGGCAUCCAUUGGCUUGCCGUUUGGCUUCAGCCUGAACAUUUCUGCUGUCGCAGCUCAGAUUACGAUCGUUCAAAAUUAUAGCAACAUUGCGCAGAUUCAAGGCAUCACUGGCGCAGCAACAACGAUCUUGAACUCUGUCAAUGCAGGCUUCACUACUGGCGAUCUUGCAUUGACUUUGCCGCCCUCGCCGCUGGUCGUACCUGACACAUACGAAGGUCAUCUUGCAUACAGUCAGUUUCAGAAAGACUUUACUGCUACCAACGGCAGCUCUUUCUUCCUCAACGGCACGACUGCGGCAACUACGUCAACGCCUAUCGGUGAGAUUAUCCUGAAUCCGGUCAACUUUUACGUGCCUGCCGGCUUGAUCGGCUUGCAGCUCCUACAAACAGCGCCUACGCUCAUCCUUUCAGUCGAUGUCACGGGCGGCACGCCUGACUUCAUCGAGCUCAAUAUCCUCGUCGGCCUCACGAAUCCGUCAAAUCUGUUGCUUGACGUGGGUGACGUGACCUUCCAGCUUUUUAGAAAUGGAGAUUACGUCGGUCGUACGCUGCUGCCCGCGCUUAGCCUGUCCAUCGGGUAUCAAACCCACACCUCUGUUGGCCAAUUUGAGGCAAACAACAACCCAACUGCACUCGAUACGCUCAAUCGAUUCACACAAGGUCUUGACUCUCAGCUCAGUAUCAGUGGCUUCAAUGGUUCAACGGCAUACGAUUCCCUCACGCAAGCUUUCAUGGCAUUGCAACUUAACGCAACGCUCGGCGGCUUGCAAACGCAGCUGCUCAACUACGCCGCACUCACAGUGCUGCCAACAACCAAUUUUGCAAACAGCAUCGCCGAUGCUACGGUGUCCUUGCAGAACCCCUUCACUUCGGUGCUCGAUAUCACCAACAUUCAAAGCAACAUCACCUCUCGCGGCCUUUACUUGGGCUCAAUUGUCACGGACACUAACUUUGUCGCUGCUGGCAAAGCUGCCACCGUAUCGCCGACGCUACCUUUUGGUCUCAAUUUGUAUCCACCCGAUAUCUUCUCGCUGCUACGAGAGUUGGCAAUCGAAGCCGGCUUAGAUCCAGCCUACAUCGACGGCAUCGUACAGCUCGGCGGCUACGAAUAUGUGCCGACUACUGGACCUGGCACGCGCAAAGCCAAGCGCUCACUCCACGAAGAGGACGAGGAAGCACUGUGGGCGACCUUCGGCGCGGACGGUCUGGAUGACUUGCUUGUCUCGCCGGGCAAAUUGGUAGAGCUCCCUAGCGAGCGCCAAAAAUCGCAUCUGGCAAGCCCCGAACUCCCCGCUGAGCUGUCUCAGCAUCGAUUGCAAAAACGCAACCUAUACACUGGCUUUGAUUUGCCAUCGUACGUUGAUACCGCGUUCAAGCAACUGACAGUCAAUGUCGACCUCGUCUCUGUUGUCUCGAUCGGUCAAUUCACGACCGACCUGACAUACACUCAACCGGACGUGCCGGUCGUGACAGACGCGACCCUCAACCUGUUGCUGCCUGUGCUCGCGCUGCCAGUUGUGCAACGGAUUGUCGAUGCAGCCACCCUGGCUGUUGAUACCGUCACAAUCACAAAUCCCCUACUCAAUUCGUUCGGUACUGGGCUUACGGGCUCAAUCACCAAUUCCGGGCCAUUCGAUGCCGUGAUCACCUUUACACAGGGAUUGACUGUAGCUUGGAACGGCGCUCCACUUGGUCAGAUCGCGAUGCCUGACAUCUCACUUGUCGGCGACGUUGGCGCCACAUUGAAUCUCGAAGCAGCCUUCGCUGUGGCUGACGUUGGUCAUCUUACCGACUUUACAAGCUACCUGCUCACGGAGGAAUCGUUCACUUGGGAGAUUUACGGUCAAAACCUAGAUGUCACAGCGCUUGGCAUCAGCGUUAGUGGUGUCAGCAUCAGCAAGUCUGUCGUACUGGCCGGCAUGAACAGCUUUAGGGGGGAUGUAAUCAUCAAUUCCUUUGAUCUGCCUGCGAACGAUCCUGCCGGUGGCAUCACGUUGACCCUCGCCACGACGCUGACGAAUCCUGCCAGCGUUGGCGUCCAGCUAUCGACAAUUGCUUUCGAAAACACUUUCGGUCAGACCGACAUUGGACCUGCAGCCAGCACGGCUGCAUUCGUCCUGCCGCCGAAAGGCUCAUUGCAAUUGCCGCUAGUAGGUCGACUCAUUCCUCAGACGACGCAGCAGGGUCUUGAUGACGUCUCGACGAUAUUCAAUGGCUUUGUGCACGGAGUUCCAGCACAGCUGCUGGUGCACGGUGUCACGGCCGGGCCAGAUGGCGUCACAUGGCUGAACGAUGGCAUCAAGGCGCUUGCGAUUCCCGUGACUUUGCCUGCUGCGGCCAGUCUUCAGAUCAUCAAUUCUAUCACUCUCAAUCAGCUUACGCUUUUGUUCACGACCGGCACGGCUUGGUCGCCGUCAUUUUCAACAGACAAUACGGUCGCCGCGUUCCAGCUGCCCUUCGCAUUCCCUCUGGACAUCACGAACAUUGCCACCAAUAUCAUAUCGCAGGAUGCUGGCACCGACUUUGCACUCAUUGCGGUACCUCAAAUUCCUGCAACGACCGAUGUCGUGGCUAGGACGCUUGGUCUCGCGUUCCAGAAUGUGCCGUUUGCGGUAGACCCGAAUUAUAGCGGACAACAUGCGGUCUUUUCGCAAUUCUUGACAGACACAACCGACAAUGUCAAUAAAUCGUUCGUCCUACAUGGCACUGCCGAUACGGUCGCCCAGACUGCUGUUGGAGCACUCAACAUCGAUCAAAUUGCUUUUCAGGUCACAACCGAGGUGGCCGGCCUACAGGGUCUCAACGCCGAGCCUACGACGGUGUCUGAUUUGGAUGUCUACCACGGCUAUCCUGACUAUUUGCAGAUCAACGCCAACGCGCACAUUUUCAAUCCUUCGCAGAUCACAAUUGGCACCGGCGAUGUUUCCUUCGGCCUGACAUUCGAGAAUACGCUGAUCGGUACAGCGGACAUCACGAACCUCGUGUUGGUUCCUGGGCAAAACACUAUUGCUACUGCUGUGCAUUACUCGCCGCAAGGAGACGCUGCCGUCGCAGUCGGCCAGAUGCUCCUCGAAAACUACGUGCAAGGGGUAGCCUCGGCAACCAUCAUCGUCGGUACAGACACAACCACUCCGAUCGAAUCUCUACAGCAGGCAUUGGGCACGAUCAGGCUCAACACGAUCAUCCCACCCUUGAUGCAGAAUCUGAUCACUCAGGCCAAUUUGGUGUUCCCUCUUGACAUCGUACAGACCGGUCGAGCGCUAGCCACAUUCAAUCUCGAUAACCCCUUCACCGCAGCAAUCAACCUGAACGCUGUCAAUGCCUUCGCGACCUAUCCGCUUACAUCGCCAGCACUACAGCUGGGGAACAUCACGGAAUCAACGCUGAAUCCAGAGAUAACGGCACCUGGUCAUACACAAAUCACCAGUCGACAGCUGACAUUCAACUUCAACCUCGACCCCAAGACAAUUGUUAUGCUGCUUAUAGCGCAAGCUGCGAAAAACGGUGUCGAUCUUGGCCCUCUUGUUGAUCAGUUCAAUUUCGUAUUGGGAGAAGCCAGCACCGCCACGACCAUCACCACACAAGUCGACACUGCUACAGCUACUUGCGUCAGUGGCGCUCAAUUCGACGUGUUUGGAGCGAUUCUGGAUGCUCUGAAGAAUCUCGAUGUCAAUCUCGCAAUCCAGUCCAAUUUGCAUCUCGACGAUUAUGCUACUGCGCUUAAUUUCAAUCAGUUCAACAUUCCAACCAUCACGGACUCGACGGCACUAUCAGCGCACCCGGGCACACUCAGAUCACCAGUCGGCAAUUGA